AUGGUUCAGACGUAUCAAUCCCCUGUACGUAUCUAUAAGUAUCCAUUUGAGCUUGUUAUGGCUGCAUAUGAAAAACGUUUUCCAACUUGUCCUCAGAUUCCUAUAUUUGUUGGUUCGACGAUAGUUGAUGAGUAUACAAGUUCAGAUGGAUCUGAAUGGAUGAUAGAAAGAAAAUGUCAGUUAAAUAUUGAUGUUCCAUAUAUUCUUAAGAAGAUAGCCGGUGUUGAUUUUGUAUUUUUUACUCAGAAAAACACAUUGAAUCGCCUUAAUAGGACAUUAGUUAUAGAAGCAACAAACAUUUCAUUCAACAGUCGUAUUUCCAUAUUGGAAACAUGUAAUUACUAUGUUCAUCCAGAGAAUUCUGAUUGGACGUGUUUCGAACAGAAUGCUAUGCUUGAUGUUAAGUCUUUCUUUGGUUUUGAAGCAACUGUAGAGAAAAUUGCUGUUAAACAAUAUGCUACUAAUUUGGCAAAGGGAAAAGAAAUUUUGGAAUUCUUUAUCGAUGAGCUUAUCAAGAAUGGCCAAACUGACUUUCCCGUAUUCACUGAAGCAGAUUUAAAAAAGACAGAUGGCAUUGAAGGAAAAGCUGAUGUAAAAGACAGCGACGAAGCGGACCAACAGGAUAAUAGCGAAGAGUUAGUAACAGAUUGUCAAGCAUCCUUGAAAUAG